AUUAAGUUUUUUUUUGCGGGGGCCGUACACAAUUAAGUUGAGUCGAGUAGCACCACCACCAGCUAGCUAGCAAUGGCCUGCACGCCCACCGAUGGCCCCACCAUGGACGUCCCCAUGGUACACAGAAGCUGCCCGCCCAGAGGCGGCGGCGUCUCCACCAAUUUCAAGGUUACUUGUGACUUCGGUGGAACGGUGGAGAACGCCAAGGUGAACGUCAGCAAGUUGUAUCUACGCCAAAUCUUUGCGGGCUGCAACGCGAAUCAGUCAAACGUGAUACAGCCCAAUGCCGCGACAGGGCUUGGUAAAACUGUUGUGAACAAUUGGGGGAUCUAUGACGGCCCUUGCUCCCAGGCGAAACUGGUUGCCCACGGGCACGGCAUGCACACACUUGCCGGCAAAUGGAGCAAUUGGUUCACCCUGGUGUUUGUGGCCGGAAGGUUCAAAGGGUCCACUCUUCAGGUUAUGGGAGCUAAUGAUGAUGAUGAAGAAAAUGAGUGGGCCAUUGUAGGUGGGACCGGUGAAUUCUCAAUGGCACGUGGUGUCAUCAACAAAAGAGUACACAGUUGCAUAGGCAAUACAAUAACACAAGAGCUUACUAUUGAAUUUUUCUGCCGCAUGAAGGAGGUCGUCGUCUGUCCACCUACACAGAUCGCUCCACCUAUAGAGAUCACUGCACCUACAAAGAUCCAUGCACCUAUAAAGCAAGGACCAUGGGGUGGAAUGACUGGAGGCUCCCUUCAUGAAAUGGGAGGCAAAUCACGUCGUCUAGAAAGUGUAACAAUCUACCAUCAUGGUGCAGUUGAAGGGCUUCAGUUUUCCUACGUUGACGAAGACGGGCAAAUCCACACCACUGAUACUUGGGGUGUCAAUCGGGGCUUGUUCACGAACGAAAUAAAGUUUGGCCCAUCAGAGUUUGUGAAGCAGAUCAGUGGGGCUGGGACAUUGGGAUCCUGGCUAUCACAACUUAAGAUCGUCACCAACACCAAUACGUAUGGUCCUUUCGGAACUAUCCCCAGCCAAGCAUUCAGCUAUACCGUGCCGGAGAAUGCGACCGUGGUGGGCUUCUUUGCAGAAACUCUAAAUGUUUUCAUCACAAGGAUUGGUGUUUACACAAUCCCUAAAUAAUUCAGUAUUCGACCGUGCUGCUGCCUGCAGCUACCUGCAUGUUCCUUUUAAUCAUCAAAGUGUUUGAUUUCCUACCUUUUCUGCCGUUCCAGCAAUAAGAUGGCUAGCUAACAAGGGUGUCCCGUUGUUUAUGCCUGUUUUGUGGCUUUUUCAUAAAUCAAAUCGAUGGUGUAACAUUUUUCUUUUGCUUUCCCUUUGCAAUGUUCAAUGAUGUAAUUUUCAGAGAUUGUUUUCUUCAGAAUAAAACAGAUCAAUGUUAAAGUGGAA